AUGAGUUUCGACGGUUACAAAACGCUAAUAAAAGAAGGCGACGUGGUGAUAGUGUAUCUAACGCCAUCGCAAAUAUAUUCGGUCGAAGCGCUACCGAAAAUAACUAACAAAAAAGGCAACAGAGUAGACAACGUGUUUCAAACGCCCUACGGAGCCCUCAGAUGCGGCGAUUUGAUCGGAGCACGGUUCGGAACGAAAGUACAAUUAAGCAAAGGCUGGGCCUACGUUCUACAACCGACGCCCGAACUGUGGACGGUGACCCUUCCUCAUCGGACCCAAAUCAUAUACACGCCCGAUAUAAGCAUGAUCAUACUCCAAUUGGAAAUCAGUCCGGGCAGCGUGGUGGUGGAAAGCGGAACCGGCAGUGGAUCCUUAUCGCACGCUUUGAUUAGAGCGGUCAAACCGCACGGACAUUUGCACACGUUCGAGUUCCACGAGGGUCGAGCCGCGACAGCACAGGAGGAAUUCAAGCAGCACGGUUUAUCGCAGUACGUUACGGUGAGGCAAAGGGACGUGUGCGAGCGGGGCUUCGGCGAUGAAUUAAACGAUACAGCAGAUGCGGUGUUUUUGGACCUUCCGCAUCCCUGGCUGGCCGUUCCGCACGCCAUCAGAGCGCUCAAAUCGACGGGCGGGAGGCUGUGCUCGUUCUCGCCGUGCAUCGAACAGGUGCAGAGGACCUGUUUGGCCUUGCUCAAAGCCGGAUUUCAGGAGAUGCAAACGAUGGAGGUGCUCCAGACGCAGUGGAGCGUUCAACAACGGAACGUGCCCGUCGUGAAUUUGGAAUUCGUUAGAACGGAAAAGGCGGCCGGAGAGGCCGAGAAGAAGGAACGGGAAACCGCGAAGGCCGUGGUGGCGGUUCCUCCGGCUAGUUUGCCGGGGCAUACGGGUUAUAUGACGUUUGCUACGUUACCUCCUUUGUGGGCUAGAACGUUGCAAAUGUCUUUAAACGAAACUGAUAUAGACGCAGAAGGAGACGCGGAAUGA